UCAUAUGGCCACAUCCCCAGGAUCACUCAACAGCUCCGCCUCCUCACCAGUGAUUGGUCACCGGAACUGUAGCUCAGGAGAGGCACACAGGUGGCCAAUCACCGGCGAAGAGGUGGGGCUUGGAGAGGAGGACCCGAGCAGCAGCGCGAAGAUCAAAGAAGAAGAUCGAGUGAGGGAGUGGCCAGAGAAGGAAGACAGCUGACAGGUAAGUGUCUGUAGCGUAUGCUGGCUGUAGAUGGGAGAGGGAGGGAGCAAGCCCAGGCUGGAGCAGGAGUCAGCAAGGUAAGUAUCAUUGGUGUCAGUGGGAG